AUGCACAGUGUGUCAAGCGGUGUGGGAUCGGAAGUACGACGACAUGACUUGCUUGUGCAUCCGCCUGCUUCCCCUCGCCAAACCGCCUCGCCAAAACAAGCUUCAGGGGCCGGGCGAAACGCCAAGAAGCUUUGGUGUGCACAGCCCGUGUUUGCGCACGCCGCUGCGAGCAUAUAUCCCGCCAAGCUCCCAAACCUUGACUCCCGGCCUCCAUCAUCUCUCGCCCGCUCUGCAUCCCCUUCCCAUUCCCUGCUUUGGAACGUUGGAGGUAUGAAAUUGGUGUUGCUGCUGUCGCUCGCUGCGGCGUGUGCGGCCGUACCGUCGCCCGUCGACUACUUGCUCUUCCGGCGCAGCGUUACCACGGACGCCGGUGCGCUCUCGGGCAACACAUACGACUACGUCAUCGUGGGCGGUGGACUGGCAGGUCUCGUUGUGGCCAACCGGCUCUCUGCGAAUCCCAACAUCAGCGUGGCGGUGAUCGAGGCGGGUGCCUCGGGCUAUGCGGACGCGGCCAAGUUCAGCGUGCCCGCCGCCAACCUGUACGACUCGUCGGUGGGCACGCAGUACGACUGGCAGUGGCAGACCACGCCGCAGUCCGGUCUCGCGGGUCGGUCGGCGCCCUGGCCAAGGGGGAAGGUGCUCGGCGGAAGCAGUGCGAUCAACGGCCUGUACUACGUGCGCCCUUCGGAUACGGAGCAAAACGCCUGGUCCAACCUCAUCGCCGACGAUGCCUGGAACUGGGAUAACAUGUUCGCUGCCAUGAAGAAGAGCGAGUCGUUCACCGCGCCCAACGACGCCACCACACGCACCGUCAAUGUCGGCUACAACGCCGCCAGCCACGGCACCGACGGACCCUUGCACGUCUCGUAUCCGCUCCGAACGUACCCCGAGGUAGGGGCGUUUAUCGAGUCGGCCACCAGUGUGGGCAUUCCGGCAUCGCAGGAUCCCAACGCGGGGAACAACACGGGCGUCUUCCUCGCCACGUCCAACAUCAACCCGGCGAAUGCGACGCGCAGCUUUUCGCGCACCGCGUAUCUCGACCCCGUCGCUGCGCGACCCAACCUCUCGGUGCUGACGGGGCACACGGUGACGCGCGUGGUGUUCAAUUCGACCCAGGGCGACGAGGCGGUUGCGUCGGGCGUGCAGUUCGCCGCGUCGCGCGGGGCGGCCGUGUCCACCGUGUACGCGCGCAAGGAGGUGGUGCUGUGCGGCGGAGCGGUCAACGACCCGCAGAUCCUGCAGCUCAGCGGCAUUGGCGACGCUGCGCUGCUGCAGCGCGUGGGGGUUGAGCAGGUGGUGGAUCUCGCCGGCGUCGGGUACCACCUGCAGGACCACCUCUCCACGGGUGUGGUCUUUAGUCCUUCGAGCGAUGCCACCAUGCCGCCUACUCGGAUCACGGGCGAUGCGGCGACGGACUCGUACGUCAACAGCGCGAUCGCAUACGUGCGCGGGUCGACGCUGUUCAGCGAUCCGCAGUGGACUUCGCUCAUCGACCAGAUGCGACAGAACCGCGCCGCGAGCAUUGCCGCCUACGAUGCACCUUCGGCCGUCAAGGCGGGCUACAAUGCCACCUACACCACGCAAGUGGAAACGCUCUUCCCCACCUCGGUGGGGCCCAUCGAGCUGCUCUUUGCACUGAGCUUUGGUGGCGUGCAGGUGCAAGCUGCAUUGCAGCACCCUCUCUCACGCGGCAGCAUCACCGUCACCUCCACCGACGCCUUUACACCGCCACGUAUCGAUCCGGGCUACCUCAGCAACGAUGUCGACAUGGUGAUUUUGCGCCAAGGUUUUAAGCUCGCUCGCCGCGUCGGGUCGACUUCUCCUUUGGCCGACUUCACUUCCGCCGAGACUGCACCCGGGGUGGGGGUGGAGACGGAUGCGCAGUGGGACGAGUGGAUCCGCCGCACGGUGGGCACCGAGUACCAUCCGAGCAGCACGUGUUCCAUGCUCCCGCGCGAGUUGGGCGGCGUCGUGGAUGCCAAGCUCAAGGUGUACGGCACGCGCAAUCUACGUGUGAUCGACGCUGCCGUCCCGCCGGUGAGCUUCUCGGCGCAUCUCAUGAGUGUCACUUAUGGGCUCGCCGAAAUCGGCGCCGAAAUGGUGCUCCAAGACUAUGCGGCGGGUAUGAAGAGCAACACCACCCAGGCGGCCACGGGGGGGUCGCGAGGAAGUUCGGGUUCGAGUGGCUCGAGUGGUUCCAGUGGCUCGACUGGCUCGACUGGCUCAAGAGGUGCAGCUGGCUCGAGUGCAAGUGGCGCGACCAGUGCUGCCACACGACCGACGCUCACCACUGCCCAUGCCGCUGCGGCCAUGAUUGCUAUCAUCGCUCUGGCACUGCUCUAG